AUGCAAAAAUGUGCUAGCAAUGCACCAUUGGUGACAGCAGCUUCUCAGAUUUCUCAAGGCACCAUCAACGCCCUUUUACAAGCUAUUCUAAAGGCUUUCCAUAAACUAGCUUCCACUGACAGCCGCAAGGAUAAUGAUCCUGUCGAGAUAGCUUUUAAACUCAUAAACUCUCUUAAGUAUUUACCAAUUUCUGCUACUUUUAGUGACAGUUUUGAUGCGGAACUAGGAAAGUUGGACAUUUUUUCUCCCCUUCUGCAGGCUGCCGUUACCGCUGCUAAUAAUGGCAACAUUAUAUGGGACCUUAUAGCCGUGUUAUAUGCAUAUAUUUCCAUUCAUAAGCAGUUCCACCCUUUGAUCUUGCAAAAUCUUGAUCUAUGGAAAGAUUUUAUGGCUGAUCAUAAUGGAGAAACCACCUCAAACGCGAAUGAGGAGAGAGACUCGAUGAAAUUCGGUGUUUUGUCGCUUCUUUCCAUCGUUCAAAAUUUUGAAGAAGUAACUUCAGAUUUAUUCAAUUUUUUAAGGCUCGGUUUGAGAUAUACCUUGCUUAAGAUCUGGGUACCACAGUGGCAAAAAUACGAUUCUUCAGCAACAAAUUUGAUCAGUGGCGAUGAAAAAAUAUCUAAAUGGAUAACGAAAGAUUAUCAAGUAGAUUUUUUUAUUAUCACGUCAUUAGCAUCGAAAUCAACCCUAGAAGUUCUACCAUCUCAUUAUUUUGCCUACAAGAUCUCUAAGAGAAUUUCUCAUUUCCCAAACCUAAUUGAUUCGAAACUGUAUCGAUUCGCAAUUUCUACAAUAAUGGAAAAUGGCAUUUCAGAGAAUGGCAGCAGGAAUGGCAUUCACGGUUUUAAUCUGAAUGAUUUGUCUUUUUGUUUUCAAAUUUUAAUGGAAGUUGUUGACCACCCCGAGUUAAACUAUUUGCAGGAGAAUCGAUUAAUUUUGUUACUUGAAAUUGCAUUGAAUCAUUUAAUAUUGGUUCCUACACAUUGUUUACAUUCAAGUUUUGGUGAGUUAGGCUCUACUCAAAGUUUAUCAUCUACUUUAAAUAUUAUUCAAUUCCUCUUAUCGAAAUUUUUAAUCAACAUGGGUAAUGUUUCACAAUUAAUUAACAAAUCCAACAAGAUAUGCAUCACCAGUAAUAAUAAUAAAAAUAACAGUAGUAACAAUAACAGUUCUACUAGUAAUAAUAAUAAUAAUAACAACAACAGCAACAGCAACAACAACAAUAACAACAACAAUAAUAAUGGUAUAAAUAACAAUAAUAGUGGUAAUAAUAACAACAAUAUUAGCGGUAAUACUAAUAGGAAAAAGGACUGGACGCAAUUGUAUCACACAAAUUACCAAAUUCCAUACUGGUUCGAGGACUCGAUUUUACCACCUAUUCCUCCCAUUUCAAAAUCACUAUUUACUUUCGACAAGAAUUUAAGCUGCGAAUCAGAUUCAAUUAUGAUUAUAAAAGAUUUACUACGUUGUCUGAACUUAACCAUCCUUUUGACAUCUAAACUUCUAAAAGACUAUGACGAUCUGAACAUCAACGUAUUGACUCAAUCAUCAGAUUGCAAGUAUGGUGAAAAAAACCAUGUGAUGAUAGAACAAUACAUGCAGCUUUAUCUUGUCCCAUUAUUUACUUCAUUAUUACUGGCUCAACAAUUAAAAGACCAAGACCAAGACCAAGACCAGGAAAAAGAAAAAGACAAGGAAGAGAAAGAACAACUAAAAACGGAAGAGAGAGCAAAUAUACAUCUCAUAAAUUCUUCUUCAUCGAGAAAAUUAUUCUCUCAGCUAAUUUUUUUCAACUCAUUGAAAUUAUGUGAACAUUUGGUUAUCAAGGAGAAAAAUCUAGCGCUCUACCAUUUGAUCAGAUUUACCACAAAGAUUUCUCUAGAUGACCUUACUUUACAAAAAAUAUCUAUCAACUUGCUAAACCAUUUAUUCUUUCACCAAAUAAGCGAUGGAAGUGAUAAUGAUAGCUUGAUCCAAAAGCUAUGUUUAAAGAACCAACUCUCCUUUCAUGCUUUAAAGGAUUAUAUCACAUUAUGGAAUGAUGGUUCUGCAGUCUACAGUGCAUUUUACAACGAGCUUUUCUUUGAAGAACAACCAAAGAUAGAAUCAAUAAAGUUAACAAUGUCUGAUUUGCUAAAAUUAUUCCCUGACGAUGACCAACCUGUGUUAUCUACUCCUCUAUCUACGAUAACUUCAGUAACCACAAACGAUAACUCAAUACCAUUGCAAUUAGUUUCGCAGAAGAAUGCUGAAAGUUUCACUCCGUUAUCAAAAUACGAUGCUUAUUCAUCCACCUCUUUUAUACCGUCUACAUCGAACAAUGCUAGCUCUAACGCUAAUAAGCAGCAGCCUCAAAACUCUACUCCAUGUUCCUCCAACAGGUACUUGUUCAAUAAAAGCAGCCUACUUCCUCAGGAAAGUAACGAUGGUAACAAAAGCGGCAGCAUACAAGGUUCUGGUUCUAUGAAUGACAGUUAUUCUCUUGACAACUCAUUCAACACCACUAAUACAAAUAUGACGAGACAACCAACUACGUUAACUAGAGCAACCGAUGCUAUGACAACCGCACCUACGACACCAACUUCAUACAAGAACAGCAGUGGCAGCAAUAAUAACAACUUGUGGAUUGAAUCGCCAAUGACAAAUUUCAAAGGUUCUAUUACCAAUAAAAACACUAGUAAGAAUAAAAUAGUUAAUACUGGUAAAAAUUACAUUUUAGGGGGCCAUAAUAAAGUAAAAAAUAACAGCAGAGCUCAAUCAAUACACAUAGAUGACUUUGAAAAUAACAACAAUUAA